UUUUACGUCAAUUAUGACGUGCGUGUUGCUGAAACUUUCAUUCCACCCGCGGUGUCCGCCAUGGGCACCGUUGAUCUUGACGACGUCAUCCGCUGCUCCGAAUGCGCCACCACCGCGGAUUCCCCGGCUGCCAUGUCCGCGCAUUGCCAGCGCAUGCACGGCGACGUCUAUACGGCUAUCCGCUGCUGUGACUCCUCGUUCUUCACCAGAAACCUCUACCACAGCCAUUGCCGCAAGGUACACCCCGACCGCUUCAUCUGCGACCAAUGCAAGGACACCUUCAAGACGCGGGCCUCUCUGAACGCCCACCGCCUCACGUUUGUCAAGACGUACGCCUGUCCCCUGUGCGGGGUCCGGGCCGCCAAACUGCCGAGGAUGAGGCGGCACAUCGAGAAGAGCCACGCCGUCAUCUUGGAUCAGGGCUACAUCCUGGUGGGACUCCAGCCGACGCAGAAGGCCGACGAGAAAAGGACGCGCGUCUUCUUCCGGAAGCUGCUGAAGCUCGUGGUCCCCUGCUGUGCGCUCCAAGCUGCCCGUGCCACGGCGAAUCUUCUAAUCAGCGACGAGUUGGAACGGUCGUACACAUGCGGUCUGGUCAGUCGAGACGUCUUCGACUUGGAAUUUGGGGAGUCUCAAGAGCCUCCGCUGCUGGGCCGAACGGGGUCUCCGGAAGAAGGCGUAGUCCCGCAAGAUGCGCAGGAAGAUCCCGAAACCGCGGAGAGUGCUUCGGGCUUCUUCGACGUCGUCGCCGAGGAGACCGGGCCUACUUCCACCGACGAACUCAAGGUUAGCAACCUCCUCAACUACGCCCUGACCAAGACAGUAGCAGCUGUUGGCAUCUUUUAACAAAAAACAGAUGGACGAACGGAAUAAAGAGCUUGAGA